AUGCAUCGUCAUAAGCAAACUAACGCUUAUAAAAAUUAUUUUCUUUUAAUUCCAUCAAAUUCAACAUCUUCACGAAAAAUUUAUAAUUCAUCUUAUGAUCUUCGUUUACGUACUCAACAAAGUUCUUAUUUAAAUACAACACCUAUUUCUACAUAUUCGAAAUCACGUGUUCAACAUCAAUAUCAACCAUCAACAACAGUUUCUAAUUUAGUUAAACCAUCAUUAGUUUUGGACAAUCAAAAAUCUUCUAAAUAUUAUCGACCUCCUGUCACUUCUCUUCCUCUAAUAUAUAAACCACCAAAUUCAAGUCGACAAUCAUCAAUUAAUGAUGAUCGUCUUGCUACAGCUAGUGUUAUGCGUGAACAUUUAUUAGAAAACAUUCAACGAAAUAUUAGCGAGAUUGAUCAAGAAUUAUCUUCAUUAAAAAAACGAUCUUCAAUGUCAAAUUAUGUUUCACCACGUUUUCCACCUAUUGUAGAUCAACGAUCAACAUCUACUCAUAAAAAGAUUUCCUUAGCUAAGGAUGAUAUAAAAAUUUGGCCAAAUACACCGAAAAAAAUCUAUCAAGUUGUUCCACGUAUAACAAAUGAAAUAGAAAAACCAUCACAACAAUCAACACUAAAAUUAAAUGAAAGAAUUAUUUCAAAUUCAGUUAUUGGUCAAUAUCAUUAUGCACCAGAAACACAAGAAAUUCAAAUACUUGAAAAUGAUCCUGAAAAUUCUGAUCUUAAAUCAACUUUUAAUGAAAUAUCUCGAUCUAAUUUUCAUGAAACAUUUUCACUCAAUCGAUUUUGUCGGCAACAAUCUGAUUUACCAGAUAAUCGUGCAUUAAUUUUCGUUCCACAAUAUGUUGAUAAUUAUGAUAUUAAAAUGAAUGAAUUAACAGAAGAAUUUCAAGAAAAAAAUCCAAUUGAUAUAAAUUUUGCUCGAUCAUCAACUGUUACAUCUCUACAUGAUUUAGUAUCAUCAAGUAAAUUAAAUAUUCAAGAUUUUCAAUUACUUAUUCAAACUGCACCUGAUUUUCAAGUUCAAAAUUCAUCUGAAAAUUAUGAAUCAUUCAAUAAAAUAGAACUAAAUUUAAAUAAUACAAUACUUUCUAAACCUGUUAAACAUUCUCAUCUAUCAAUAAAACCUCAAGAAACACUUUCGUCUUCAUCAUUACCCAUGAAAAAUCCACAAAAUCAUACUGAUAUCAAUAUGAAUUAUUUUUUUGGUGACAUUAAAAAUGAUUUCGAAGGUGAAGAAGAUCUUAUAUCAAUUGAUCCUUAUCAUUUUGUUCUACCUUUUGAAUCAGAAUUUAUUUCUGAUGAUAAUAGAAGUAAUACUUUUAUUAAACAACCUCAAGCAUCCUUAUUAAAUCAUCAUACAUUACAACAACAACAAACUAUUGAAAAUAAUACUCAGUAUGUGAACGAAACAGAAAAGAAAAAAAUUGAUUCAACGACAAAACACAUUGUUAAUUCGAAUUCAAUAACAAAAAAAAUCUUUCCUAUUUCAAUUUACGACGAUACAAAUACUGAAUCUGCUAGAAAUAACAAUAAUAGUAACAAAAAUCAACAAUAA